AUGGAGGAAACAGAUAGAGAUCAGAAGAAAGAGAGUAUCAUCCCUCAGCUGCCAAGCUGUUUCAUGUCGCCAGAAACGCCGGGCAAUCUUCUACGUGAUCGCCUGACUCCUUGCUUCGACUCGCCAUCGUCAAUUUUCCCCACUCCACCUUGUUCGCAAGAAAAGGAAUCGAUCUCUCAUUUUCAUUCGUUAGCCCUUGAUGAAUUUCCUAGGCUUAAUUUUGAGCUUGAUGAGAGCGAUCAGGAGAAAUCUAUGCAGCAAAGCCUUCAUCGGUCACCUUUGAUGCCAGAAGACCGUGUUAUCGGAAGGCUGAUUGGAAUAAAAAGCGUGGAUUUCAUCUCCGAUCUUUUAGCAGUAAACGGCAAUAAGAUUUGCCAGAGAAUCUGCAGCUAUCUGGAACCUCUUGAGCUAUGCAGGCAAGAUUUUAACUUCUCCUUUUUUGUUUUUGAAAUUGGUCGUUAUGUCGUCCAUAAUCGCUGCCAAUAUGAAUCAUGCAUGAAUGAAAAUCACUUACUGCGAUCCCUUGCGGCAGCCCUAAAUUGAUUUAAUGGAUGUCCCGCUUUUUACUGCCGAUCAGCCAUGCUCUUUCGUUUUUAACUAGUAUUUUAUUGUACCUGACAUUCAUCAGUUUUCUAUUUGUGUCUAGGUUCGCCUCCGUGAGUCGAACAUGGAGGAAUGUUGUGAAAGGAGACACAAAAACGAGUCAGAGGUGGAAAGGAUUCCUCAGAGAUUGUAAGGACCAUUGUGCUCUCAAGGGAAAGGUAAUCAGUCAAAAAUAUAUUUUUGUUGCGUAACCUUAAAUUUGUAAAUCAUACUUUCGGCUGCUUAAAUACCCCGGUACUCGACUCAGCUAAAGAAGCAGAGAAAACACUUGUAUUUCAAGUUAACUAAUAUAAUAAUGAAUAAAGGGGGUAAGUUUCUAAAGAAACUGUGGUGCUGCGUCGGUGGGAGAGUAUUACAGGGGUAAUUUUAGUAUUAUCAACCGAGUUGAUAACUGACUGUGAAUAUAAAAAAAUCCUAUUCACGAGCUGAUAACGUAGAUUGACCACUGUAAAGAGUUUAAAAGCUUCUAAACUCUUUACGAUGGCCAAUUUCCGUUAUCAACUCGGUCGAUGAUACUAGAUUACCCUUUUAUAAUAUAAAACAAACUGCUAAGCUUGGUACUUAGAAGCAGCCAUAGUUAUAGCCAAAGAAACUUCAGAGAUGGGCUUUUUACUCUUUUAUCCUCCAUUUCAGUUUCAUUCCAUUUAUCUCAACUAAAUCUAAUAAAUUAUCUCUGGCAAGAUUAAGAGAGUAAAGAUAUUACCUUGAUGAAAAGUUUGUAAAAUAUUUUAAAACUUUUAGUCGGGGCUAUGGACCUACAUCCCAAGAGUUAGAUGCUGUAGCUAAUAAAAUAAUGUGUAAGUUCACUCUCCAAUAUUUAUCUCUUGCAGGAGAAUUAUGGUGUGCCUACUUCUCAGAGGUCAUCUUCUAAUAAUCUUAAAGGAUUUCCAUUAAAAAGUGUCGACAUCAAUAAACCCGAGAAAAAGAUCUCUAAACUACCUGCACUUAACAACCAAACUACAACCCCAGUUUGUUCCCAUCCAGCAUCACAACAGACACUUGAACUGAGACCUUGUCCAAAAUGCGUCUCACCUUCAUAUCUGUCACAAACACAAGGUCACUGUCAGUGUCAGAAAUGUGGACUAAGAUUCUGUUCAGUUUGCCUAAGAGAAUCUCAUCAUCAUCAUCAUCAAGGUGAAAGCCCAUGUGACGGACUACCUAAAAACAGUGGAAUGGCUCUAAGACUCAGAUCUAGAAAACUCAACAAUGACAGUAUUGGAAGUAAGAAAACUAAAGAUAGAGUUCGACGGCUUUGACACACAUUUUAGCAUACAUUUUGUAAAUUUAUGCUGUAGGCUUGUUAGGAUAAUUUUAAAUAGGUAGUUUUAUACAAAUUUUUAAAGAGUUGUGCAUAUAUCUACUUAAGAUUUUAGUUAGAUCAUUUUUAUAAUUGACAGUCUUUCAUGUCUUUUUGCCAAUACAAAAACAUGUUGAGUAUUGAUUUUAGUCAAAUUUUGUGUAAAAAUGUUAUAAAACUGACUUCACUCGUUUCCUUCUACUAAGAAAAUUAAUUGAAAUAACCAUGUUCUAUCUUUUUUAAUGGGCAAGUAAAUGCAAUAAUACAGUUAGAAAUAUCUCUUAUGGUCUUGAAGUCUCACUUCUUCUUCAUGCCUGGCAAGAUGGUUCCAACAUUCUCAAUAAUCUUUACUAACUUCAAGGAGUGCCUGGAAUAAAACCCUAGUUGAAUUUAUACACAGCUUCUAUAUCUCCCUCUGUUGACAAGGGGGUACAAAGCAAAUUAAGAGGAGAAUUUACUGGUCUAACGGAGGUCAUUCAAGGCCUUUUUUUAGCACCCCUCCAGUCAUGGGGUGAUAUUAUAAUGUAUACUGUAGCCUUCCUGAUGGGAUAUUUAGCAAUUGACCACACUUUUUAUCACUUCAUGAGACAUAUUGGGAGGAUAAGAAGGUACAUGCCAAAAGGGGAUUGAUUUACAAAUUUCACCUUAAAUCAUGCUGACUUUUCCUCAGAGUGUGGAAAAGUUGCCUUUUCCUAAUGAAAAUAACUAAUCCAUGGACCUCUAGAAGUCCCUUGCAUCCAAUUUCUCCUUAAAAUAUCACCACUGAAUCACAUAUAUUUAGGUCAUGACAAUAGAGGAAAUGAACACCUACUAAAGAAGCCCUUGAUUGCCAGAAAUAUUCUCCUUAUCAGCAUCUUACAAAAUGUAUAGAGAACAGUAUGGAGAAUAUGUAUAAUGAUGUUAGGUUAUAACAGGUUAAAAAAUUCUAAGAGAAAGACUCCUGAACACCCUUACCGAUGAUUGCCUUUGGCUUUUGCCAGAACAACUUCUGUACAUAUCCUAGAUCUAAACCAGGUCCCAUGGCAUACAUAACACCCUUAUGAAUAGAGUUGUUCAUUAUAAAAGUCUACCAUUUAUUUUUAUCAUUAUUAUUAUUAUUAUUCAUCUCGCACAUUCAUUCUUUCCAUUGAGUUCGUAGCAACAAUUCACACUCUUGUUUAUGGACCUAGUUCAUCCUAUGAAAAUAAUUCUUCUCCUCAAUUUGAUUCAGGGUUCGCUAUCAAACCAUAUUUUUCUUUCAGUUUUAAAGAUUUUGUCAGAAACUCUUUCUCAAUGCCUUCCUCUUCUUUAUCCAUUUCUUUCAAAAACUCAUCCCAUUGUUUUUUGGACUUUUCUUUGAUCUCAUCUCGUCUCUUCUUUCUAGGAUCCUGUUCUUCCCUCUCCAAAAUAUUAUGACAUCGCUGCCUUGCAUCUUUUAGUUGAUCUUGCACAUCAUUCAGCAGUUCUGCUAGUUGAACGCACUCGGGGAUUUUAG